GCAACAACAGCACCGUCAGCAACAUCAACAUUAGCAGCAACAACAGCAGCAGCAGUAGCAGCAGCCAGCAGUAGCAAUGUCGCCGAUUUUAGCGCAUAUGAUUUUAAUGAGAGCUCGGAUAAUUCCGAUACGCCUUUAGUGCCACGCGCACCCUUUCUCAGUCGCGCUGCCGCUGCCGCUGCGGCAGUUGCAGCAGCGGCACUGAGUGCCAGCAGUGGCAGCAAUAGUAGUAGUAGCAACAGCAUUAAUACGGGCAACAAUAACAAUGCCAACAACAACAACAACACUAACAAUAACAACAACAGUGAAAGCAUUGGAAAUGGCUUGCAACACAAUAGCAACAACAACAACAUCAGAAGUAGAAGCAGCAGCAACAGCUCGCAAAGCAGCGACGACAGCAACAGCGAUGACGAUGAGGAUGUGGACAGUCGCACAGCGUUGACUUCGGGGCAUCUGAGCGGCGCCGCUGCCGCCGAGAGCGGCGGUCUGCAUAUGAGUGCUAACGCCGAAAAAUGGGAGCAUAUGCGCACCCGGCUGCAGUUCAAGAACGACGUCGAGUUCGUGGCCUACCUCCUCAACCUGGCCGACAACGACACGGAUAGACUAAACAAUUUGCCACCUCCAUCACCGGCGAACACGCCCACCAAAGGAUUCGAUGGCAACUUCAAGCUAGAGCCGAAUCUGAGCGUUAAGGACUUUGCGACACCGCCAGAGAAUGGCAAUGGCAGCCUGGAGUCAGCUGCUAGCGUGUCUGCUGCUAUGGCCACGCCGACGCCGCCACAGCGCAAGCGCUACAAGAAGCGGGUCCAUUUCACAACUGAUGCACUUAAUGGCUAUGCCGGCGCUAAGGCACCGACGAUGCUGCCCAAUGCGGAUACGGUUGAUGCCUGCAGCGCCAGCAACGGCCAGCUAGGAAGCUUUCAUGUGCGCUCCAAGAGCCAAAAUAGCAGCAAGAAGUCCCAGUCCGCCAAAGCAGCAGCUGCUUCGGCACCGGCUAUGAUGCCACCGAAUAGCUAUGACGAGCCCGAAGACGAUUCGGCUGCUGGUCCGGGUGAUGACGAUGAGGAGGACGACGAGGAGCUGGAUGAGGAGGCGCUAGCGCGUGAAAUGAAACUGGAGCAGAACUUUGUGGAAGAGGAGGAUGAGCACGACAUUGCGUUCAGAUCGCAGCAGUCGUGCCGCGAGUGCUCCAUCUCGCAUGAUCACAAGCUGUGCCCGCUGCGCAAUGCCUGUGGCAAUGUGACGGACGCAGUGGACCUGGCCGAGUGGAUUGAACGCCGAAAUUUGGAGGCGCUAGCCAAAUUGAAGGCGGAUGCCCAGCGGCAGGCGAAGGUGGGCAGACCGCGCCACGUUGACGACGAGGAUGAUAUGGAGGACAUGGACAUGGACGAAUCAUCGCAGCUGUCCGAGCUAGAGACCAAGCCACUGAUAACAUUCGCCGAGGCUUCGGUGCCCGCCGAGUUCGAGCUUCACAACGUCGAGCCGAAUGUCACCGGCGUCUUCGCCCGCACCGAUGUCCGAGCCUACACGAAGCUGGGGCCGCUCAUCGGACAGGCGGUGCAGACCAGCGAGGUGCGUGAGGGCAGCGACAUGAAAUGGAUAUUCGAGAUGUGCGAGGCCGGCGCUGACAAAUCCUAUUUACUCUGCUGCGAUAACCCCAAUGCCUCCAACUGGCUACGCUUCAUCCGCCCAGCGCCCAGCUACGAGGAGCGCAACGUGAACCUCGUGUCCAUCGACCGACAGGCGUACUUUGUGAGCUGUCGGGAUUUACGCAAUGGCAUGGAGCUGCUCUACUGGAGUGACGACUGCAACACUAUGUGGCGCAAGAAACACACCGAGAAGACAAACUGCGGCGGCUGCAACUUGAAGUUUGAGCACCCACUCUACUACCGUACGCACUGCUCAGUUUUUCACGAUCCAUCGAUGAGCCUCACCAUACGGAAGUACCACUGCAAGGUGUGCGGCGAGGCGGUGCUGGGCAAGGACAACAUUAUGAAGCAUGCGGCCGAAAAGCACGAUGGCAAGGGGGCGUACCAGUGUCAGUUCUGCAACAAAUUCUUUCUACGGCUCAACUACCUGGAGAUGCAUCGCACCUACGGCUGUGCCUCGAAUCCAAAUCGUUCGCGGCCCGUUUGUGAUUUCUGUGGUCGGAAAUUCUGCCAGCCGCAGAAGCUCAAAGCGCAUAUUAAGCGUGUCCACAGUGGAUCGCGUGCGGCACUGCAGCGCCACUCGAAGGAGGUGCACAGCCGCAACUCGACCGUGGUCAGUUGUCCGCGCUGCCAGAAACUCUUCCAAAAUCGCAGCAACCUGAAGAUACACAUGCUCACACACUCGGGCGUGCGGCCUUUCAAGUGCGCGGAAGCAGAGUGCAAUGCCGCCUUCACCACAAAGCAGUGCCUGCAGUUCCAUUACAAGAAGGUGCACAACUAUACGCAAGAGCAGAUGCCGAAGAUAGAGCGGAGUGUGGCCUAUACUUUCGAUGCCUAUUCGGGCGGCAUGAAGGUCGACUUUUUGGGUAAGCCAGUGGGGCAGGCGUUGUUGGGUGCACCACAAGCGCCACGCCCUAACGCUGCCGUCUCCUUCACAGAGCAAGCACCGCGCCGACGACGCAAGAGCCUAGAAGAUCAGAACCAAAACUCAAUGCUCAGCAGCUCCAUGCAGAGUGACACGGAAUAUAGUGAUGACAACAUAUUUGAGGCCAUCAAGAAGAGCGGCAAAUCGAUAAAGGACUUGUGCCGCAACGAACCAAAUCUGUCGCUGCUUAGCUCCAAAAUCUCUAGCAUAUUUGCUGAGAAGGUGCCAUCGGUGCAGCAGGCGGCCCUGCAGCAGCAACAGCAGCUGCACGAUGCCGACGUUGAGGAGGAUAACGUGCGUCUGGAGCAGGUACGCCGCAAGCAAAACGCUCAGCUUAGCCUGGUCGAAUCGUUCCUGACCACCACCGCGCAGCGUCUGAGUGCCCAGCAGCAAGUGCAGCAAGUUGUUGCUGCGGCAGCCGCCGUUUCCGCCAUGGCCGGCGCCGGCGAGGAUCCCGCCAAGCUUGGCCACAUGAUGGGCCACAUGAGCGGCGUGGGCGUAGGACACGCACAGCAAUCGUCGCAGCAGCCGCACAACGACACGGGCUAUCGCCACGCCGCCGCCAUGAAUGCGGCUCUUGGCCAGAAUCUGGUCGUCAGCAAGGGCAGCAAGAAGUGGAUCGGCGCUGACGAUCACCAUCUGAGCGACAGCGGCGAUGUCGCCAACGAUGCCACUGUCAGCAGUGUGGCUGGUGGUGGUGGUGUUUCUGGCUGUGGGCAGCUAUCGGGCGGCGCCGGAGCUGGCCAGGAUCUUGGGUUUGCUGUGCCACCCAGCGCCGUGGACGAGCAUAGCAAACUGCUGGGGCAGAACCGUGACUUCUUGGCGCGGCUCAUGAGCAGCGCUUCGGUCAGCCAUGUCAGUCACCAGCAUCAGCAUCAGCAUAGUGCUCACAGCCGCGAGGAAGACGAUAACAGCUCCUUUCUGGAUGUCGUCGAAUCCAAUAAUAAUGCGGCUGCUGCUGCGGCAGCUGCUGCCGCAGCCAUGUCCCAGUACCAUCACAGUGCGGCAGCCAAUGGCGGAUCAUUCAUGAGCUCCUUCUACAACAAUGCCAACGCAAGACUGAGCGGCGCUGGCGCUGGCGCUGGCGUCGGCGUCGGCGUUGGCGUCAGUACCAACUCCUCCUCUGCCAGCAUGCUAGUGGAGGCAGCCCUCAACUCCGUUGGUAACAUGAUUGACAGCGAGAGCAGUGAUCUUAAGGUACCCACCGAGAACCACAUAAAUAGCGAUAGUCCAAAGAGCGCGUAUGUGGAUGCGGAGGCACAACGCUUUGGUAGCGGCGGCGGUGGUGGUGGUGGAAGUGGAGCGAAUGGUGCUGGCAUUGGCGCCACCAUGGACAACUUAGAGAACGAAUUGAAGAUGAUGAAGAACCUGGGCAGCUUUCCCAUGCAGAUACCGCCAUUGCCUAUGUUCCAGGGAGCAUGCAAUAUUUCGCCGAACGCCUCAACGCCCACCAAUCCGCAGAGCAAUCAAAACCAGAACGAUGUAGAUGUGGAUGCCGGCAGCACGCCGCGUCCCCACCAUCCGGAUUCUGAUGGUUUCUCUUCGUCGCACCACCGGACACCGCCCUCGCCGCCACCCAUAUCGCCGGGUCGCGACUAUGGAGGCAUGUUUGGUGCCGGCAAUGGCGCCGGCGGACCCGGCUCUAACAGCACGCCUGCGGGCAGCUCCAGCGGAGGUGGUGGUGCUCCAACGACAGGCAACAAUUUAUCCGCAUCACCUCUGCCGGCAGCGCUGCAACCGCAGCGACGCAACGCCUCCAGCGUGGGCAGCACAUAUCCGGAGCACGAGCUCAUCUCGCCAGCCUCCUCGCCAAGCAUUCCGCGCUACAACUUCAACGGCGACAUGAUGCGUCACAAACGCGCCGUUCAGGAGCACGAGCAGCAAGAGAGACGCCACAAUAUCUCGCGACACAACCAAAUGUCCAGCGACGAAGAGAACAGCAUUAUGCCACAGAACAGCGCUGGGCAGGAUAUGCGCAUGAAGUUCCCGCAAUCACAGAUCGAUCUUAUGUACUCGAAAUAUGAGAGUAUGGCCAGCAAUUUGAAGUACAACAGCCAGGACCUGGACUCACCGGCCGAGUAUCGCCAGAGCAGCAAUAGCAAUGCGGCAAGGCUGGACAUGAGCUCACGGUCGAAUGUGUCGAGCAACUAUCAUCAUAACUUCCAGCUGCCGAGCAGCCGGUACCAUCAUCACAUCUACGACAUACUCUCCGAUCGGGAGCAGAACCAACAAGCACAGGCGCAGCAGCAGGCGCCGGCAUCGGUGGUGCAUCAGCAGGAGCAUGGUAGUCAUGGUGGUCACAGUAGUCAGCUAGCCAUGCAGCAGCAUCAAUCGGCGGCGAUGCACAACAUGCUCAGCGAACAGCUGGGCGAGCAAGAGCACGAUCAAACCACAUCGGUGGAUCUUAGUCGCACCGCAAACUAUGUGGUGUCGUCGCCGCCGCAGCUGCCCUACAACCAUCCACAUCACGAUAUGCUGCGCAUGGCCUCGCUGGACCUGACACCUAAUACGGCCAACAUGGCGGUGGGAAACAAUCGUUCGUUUCUCUCCUCACAGAUGCAGCACCAGAGUCGAGAGAGCCUAGAGCAUCAUCGACUGCUCUCGACAGUCGAACAACAUCGCAUAUUGGCCGCCUCGAAUGCGGCUGCGGAUCAGCACCGGCUUCUCGUUGAUCCCACUGCCCACCUGCUAAUGGAGCAAAACAAUCGAUUGCUGGGUACCGCAGAUCAAUCACGUCUCCUUGGCGAAUCGGCGGCGGCAGCUGCCCAGAACCGACACAUGGCUAGGAGCUUUGGAGCCUAUCAUCAGGUGGCGUCCAGCAACUAUCACCCGGGCGUACGGCCGCCGCCGGUGUUGCCAUCGGCAAAUCAUCAUGCUUCCAAUCCGUCUAACUAUCAUCCAUUUCCCGCCUACUACUAA